AGAGAGAGAAAAGAGAUUUGGGUUCAUUCAGAAAAAAGGUCUUCUCUGAGAAAGAAACAGAUUUGGUAAGAAGAUGAGGAUGAGAGAUUAUUCUUCUCACCGGCGGUACUCGGGCGAUUCUGAUGAUGAUGAUUACAAGGCUUGUGAUAAUCUUAGUAGUCAGCCUUCAAUAAGGAAGAGAAAGUGCAGCAGCAGCCCUGAUUAUCCGAGCAGGAGGACGAGGUAUCGUUCCCCAAACCGGUGUGAUUCCAAGAGAAGAAGAAGGUAUCGUACCCCCACAAAUCUCUAUCCGGAGAGAAGAAGAAGGUAUCGUACCCCCACAAAUCGCUAUCCGGAGAGAAGAAGAUACGACCGUCACGCCUCUAGGCUCCCUCCAGAGAGGAGGAGAAGAAGAAGCUACGAUGCCCCAGGCCACCAUCAUGCUUCUAGGCUUUCACUGGACACAAGAACAAGGUAUGACCGUCAGCCGUCUAGGCGAAGAAGCUAUGCUGCUGCCCCAUCUAGUAGCCAAACUAAGAGAAGAGAGAACCAUCCAUCCGAGGAGACAAGGAGCACAUGCGAUUUUACUUCCAUAGUGGGGAUGAGGGACGAGGAGAUUUUCAGUUAUAUAUCGUCAAAUUUCUGUUUCGGCACGCCAAUGAAGACAAGUAUUGACAGCAAUGCUCUUGCUGCUAACCGAGAUGAUUUGGUCAGUUUUCCUGGUUUUGUUAGUGAUGAUAUAGUGAUGGAGAUUCUAAGCAGACUUCCUGCGAAAUCACUCAUGCGCUUCAAGUCGGUAUGUAAACACUGGUCGUCUUUGAUUAAACACGACCGGCACUUUGCUGAUUUACACUAUAGCAACAACUGUUUGAAAUCACGCCCGAGUAUCCUUUUCAUCACUGGUAUCAACCCAAGGCAGCAGCAAGAGGUAGACUAUGAAAAAGAACAACAAGAAGAAGAUGAUGAGCAGCAACUAGAAUAUAGCAUCGAUGGAUAUAAGUUUCCUCAGCAGAUUUUGUCUGCGGACAUAGUUGAAGGCAGUGGUAUUGGUGAUGAAACCAUUAUGAAUAAGGUUAUUAUGACAGAUGAUAAAUGGUUUGAUUACGAAUAUCUCUUGGGACUGAUAAAUGGUUUGGCUUGUUUCUUAGAUUGGGAUGAUGAUGAUGUUAGGCUAUACAAUGUAAGCACACGAGAAGCAUCACCGUGGAUCAAAUCAACAUUACUGUCAGACGAAAGAGAUAAAUACGGGAUCAAAGACACCUCAAUCCACCGAGAAGCGAUUUAUCGUUUUGGGUUCGAUCCGGAGAAGAAGGAACAUAAAGUUUUCUGCUUUUGUAGAUCAUCCGAUAGAACCAAGCCUAGCCGUAUUGCUGAAUGUCCUGAUUACACAAGUUGUGAGGUGUUGGCUGUUGGCCGUGACACCAAGUGGCGUAGGAUCAAUGUGGUUCCUAAUGAGAACAACAAAAUAAAGAUUAACAAGGUGUUCCCUUCAUUCGACGUGCAAAGGCGUUCGGUGUAUGGAAAUGGUACCAUAUAUUGGAGAAACAAGAAUAGAAGUCUAGAUGUUGGAAGUGUUGAUCCUGAUGUUAUGGUUGCAUUGGAUGUUGGAAGUGAGAAGUUUAGAGUUAUCCCCAUUCCUAAGUUCGUCCUUGACGAGGAUCAUGUGUAUAACGGGCAUAGUGCUCUGUUCAUGUUAAUGGGGCGCGUAGCUGUAGUUAACUUGUUGAGCGACAACAUUGUUAAGUUGUGGAUGUUAGAUGAUGGAGCCGAUGACAAAAAACUGGAGAACUGUCAAGGAAGCGGCGAAAGGAAUUGGAUCGCUGAGACUAUUGCAUUACCCUAUUCUCAUUAUCCUAGAUAUGUCGAGUUUCAUGGAGUUGGUGACCAGCUACUACUCUCCAUAUACUCUGAAGAUCAUUCACUCUAUAGAAAGUUUGCCUUUUUGCAUUUAUAUGAAAGCAGAAAAAAGACGUUCAAGAAGAUCGAGAUCGAUGGAUUGUCUUCCGUUCCUUUUUUCUUCAGCACGUCCAUAAUCACAACAUCUACGGGAAGCCUCUAUCCUGUUCAGCCUCAACAAGACAAAAGUCGGCAUUCUGCGGUUUCUUGAGAAUCAUUGGGUGACAAAAGUCAGCAUUUUGUGGUUACUAAAGAUUUGUAAAUACCAUUCCUGUUGCUGAUAUCGAGGAACUUCAGUUCCCUCGUGAUGAUGACCAGCAUUCUCAUCUUGAGAGCCCAAUGCUGUCAACUGGGUACAAAUGUUUGUGUUUGUUCAUUCCCAUAGGAACUGCUCUUACUAACGAGCUCUGAAGACGCUUAAUAAUUUUUGUAAUCAUGAUGUUUCCAGAAUCCCUCGCGAGGGUUUACAUAGAUUUGUGUAAUUCCCAGGAUUGGGUACUAAAAUAUUUUCUUCUCCUACUUUCAAUCUUUCAA